CGUUGGAGGGUCGGCGUGCGGUUGUUUUCGAGAGCCCCGCGCUCUGAAUGAAUCCAAAUCGGUGUAUUCCAUCGUUGUCUGAAAGCACAGUGACGGCUGUUAUUAAGCAAUGAAAGUAAUUUUAUGAUGUGAGUACCAGUAAACCCCCCUGCAUCGCCCGAGGACAGGGCAAAUCGCAGCAGUCUAUUUCCUGACCUGUUGGGGAUUUUAAGUGGUCUUCUGCACUGCGCUGCGCUGCUGUGGCUUUUAGACGGUGCCUCCUGAGCAGCGUCAGUCGUUUGGUGUCAUCAUGGAGGAAAGGGAGGCUGCAGUCUAGUGAAGGGAACCGAGCGCUGCACCUCGCCACAUCCCGCCUGAUAUUCUCCUAUAGUAUUAAGCAAAUCGGUGAUCACUCAGAAGAAAACCACAGAGGACACGUGAGGGCUGACAGCGGGCAACAUGAAGCAUUUCCUCAGAGUGGUGACCCAGUUCUUUGUGUUCCUCUACUGUAAACUACUGUGGAGGGGCCUGAAGUUUGUUGUCAGGAAGUUUACAGGACGCUGUGAGCUGCAGCGAAUCUGCUACAACAACAAGCAUGGAGCCCGCAGGACCCUCAAGAUAGAGUCUUCUAUGAAGUUCUCCAAGAAUGAGUUGCUGCAGUCUGCCCUCAGCGCCCAUCCGGAUAAAGUGGAGAAAACCAUUGAUGACAUCAUGGCCUUGAAAAAGAUUAAUCCUGACACCAACCCACAACUGAGCAUCUCCCUGCAGGCCAGCCUGCUGCAGAUCGUGGGCUACAGGAGCCUGGUGAUGGAAGUGGAGAAACUGCGCAGGGAACCGUACGACUGUGAGAACAAAGAGCAUGAGGAGAUGCUGAUGAAGCUGUGGAAGGAGCUGCGCCCUGACUCUCCUCUCACAGGCCGCAUCUCGAAACAGUGGUGUGAGAUCGGCUUCCAGGGCAGCGACCCUAAGACUGAUUUCAGAGGAAUGGGUUUACUGGGACUGCACAACCUGCUGUAUUUUGCAGAACACGACAAAGCAACCGCUCUGCAGAUGCUCCACGACUCCCUGCAGCCGAAGCACAAUGAGAUAAACAAGGCAGAAUGGGAACAGAAGAACCUGGACAAAGCGAUCGGCUUCUCCUUUGCCAUCGUGGGCAUCAACAUCACAGACCUGGCCUACUCUCUGCUGGUCAGCGGAGCGCUGAAGACCCACCUGUACAACGUGGCCCCAGAGAUGCCCAGCCUGCUGCACUUCCAGCAGACCUUCUGCUACCUGAUGCAGGAGUUCCACCGUUUCUGGAUUGAGGAGGAUCCCAGUGACAUCAUGGAGUUCAACCGCGUCCGCACCAAGUUCCACAGGAGGGUCCUGCGGCAGCUGAAAAACCCAGACAUGGCUCUGUGCCCCCACUUCUCGGCCUCCGACCUCCACCUGGUCAACCUCUAAACACACGCCGCUGCGAGUCCUCGCGUCCCCGCAGAAGUCCCCUCUGGAUGUCUGGUAGGCCAACGUAAAACGUGGACACCCGAAAACCCUCUGCACAGCUGGACACAUCUGGGGAGACUCUCUUACUUCUCCGCUCAGCCCAGCUCCUCCCAGCUAAUGUCAUGUCGCGUCACUGCCACCGAACACACACACACACACACACACACACACACACACACACACACACACACACACACACACACACACACACACACACACACACACACACACACACACACACACGCGCGCUCGUACACACUGCCUCUACGCCCUCACUGCAGCGUUAGACCACCAGCAUCAGAGAUGACCAUAGCGAUUGUAGCUGUGCAUGAGGAGGCUGCACCACAACACCGCUGUUCAUCAUGUUGCUUUAACGAAUCGUGACGAUUGUAUCACCGCCUUCGCACCUCUGUUAUCGACACAAACCAAAUUUACUUUCUCUGCCAAAAAAAAUCUCGUUUUACAUUACAGCUCAGUGACCAUCAGUUCAGGAUAUUCCGUCAGACUAUCAGACAUGAGGUUAAACAUGUUAAACAAUCAGAAUGAAGAGCUAUAAAAAGAGCUAUGAACAAAAUAAUAUAAUGUUUAAUAACUAAAAUGCUAUUUGUGAAACAAUCAAAUUAUAGUAGAGGAGUUACAGUAUUAAAUAGAGUUUGUAUGCUACCUUUUGUGUAAUUGUUAACACCUAAGACUUCUCGUUGCCAAAUCGCUGAAUGUGAAGAAAAAUCCCAGCAAAUGAAAGGUUUUAAAAUGAUGUUCUGAAUAUUUUAGCCCUAGUUCAGUCCAGUUCCAUGCACUGACUGUGCAGCCACACUGUUGCUGAUUUGGAUACUAAAACUGCUCCCUCUGUUGUGAUUAAUAUUUCAAGAAUGUCUUUAUUUCCACAAUCGCAUAAAAAUUCAUUGCACAUUUGUUAGGUUUGCAAAUGGUUUUUACCUCUGAUUUGACCCCAUGUAUAUAUUCUGUUACGAAUGUUUCUCACGUUCAUGAUUGUUUGAGUCGAUUUUAAUUAGCUGAAUGUGACACUGUGUUCACUGUUGUAUCAGCCAAAGCAAUAAUUUAUAUUCAUUUCACUGCACGUUUCUGCAAAUGUCUUUAUUUGAGCCAUUCGUGCCUAAGUAUUGGUCUUGCUUUCUAACUCAGAGCUGGAAUGGGAAUCAUUAUAUACUGUGGCUGUUCAAUGCAACAUUUCAUAGAGGCUUAUGUUCCUUAUGAGUGUAAUUACUAGAAACUGCUGUGCUGCGUUUUGAGGCACGCACAUCUGGCAGCAAAUCUGCUCAAGAGAGGACGUGUUUGUCUUUCAUUAAGACAAAGACACAUUAGACCUGUGUCAGGAAGCAGUUUGAGGUUCUUAAGCACAAAUAUUGUUUUGACAUCUUCUCCACUAUGAUUGUUUACUUGCAGCAGAGUUUUUCAAAGAGGCACAUGCAGACUGGGUCCAAGCUGUUUAUUUGUAUUAUUGGUGCCUCAGCUCUACAAGCAAAUAAGCGUGGAAUGUUUGAAUAGCAUUGAUACAAAACAGACCACAGCAAAUGACUUUAGCUUUAAAUCUGUCUUUGAUGCACUUAAAACACUUAAAACAUAAAUUCAAAGGAACGCCUAAAAUGUAUUUAAGGAGGUCAAGAUUAUGAUUUAAAAAGAAAACUUUUUUGUUAUUAGUCAGACCCUUAACACUAAGCAACACAAAAUAAAAUUGCUGAUACAUUUUCUAUUCUGUUAUCCCUAAUAAUUGUUAUUUCAGCUCUGAGUCACACCUAUAAUUUCCACCGAAUGAUAAGUCAACAAAAGCUCACCGCCGACACAUGCUUGCGUUUUCACUGCCUCUUUCCAGCGUGACCGUCGUGUUUAUCCAUGAGAGUUCACAUCGUGCGUGGUGCUGACAGCUCUGACAAACGUUUCAUCAGAAAUCCGGAAAAUGUAAGAUAUUAUUUUGCCGCCACGCUUGCACUGUUGAUUGUGUUUAAUGGUGAUGAGUAACUUUGUCUCACUGAAGUGAAUGUCACGACUUUGUGUCAGUAUUAUGCAGCUGUUCCCAUCAGUGCUGGUCUCAUUUUCUGCUCGAACUAUGUUUUUGCGCUGUAGAAAUAAAAAAGCAGUUUCCUUUAAAAUAAUCAAUCAGUAAUUUGUGGUAUUGGAGCAUAAGAGCUAAUGUGUCCCAUGAUACUGUAUAUGAAUUUAGACACGAGCUGCUGUAUAUUCUGCUUUUAAAGUGCACACAAUUUGCAUGAUGAUCUUUUUACUGGCACUGCCAAGGCGUUAUAUGCUCCUCACUAAAGCCUAACGAGCCUAUAGAUGUUGUAACUCUGUGCUUCAUUUGUCUGUGAUGUAAUUUUUGAGACCACAAUAAAACCUAAAUGUCAAUUAAAA